AUGGAAUGCCGCUUGCUAAAGAUAUUUCUUGGAGCCUUGGUCGCUGAAACGACAGGCGUUGCAAACUCUCUGAACCAGCUACCGGCUGCAAGCGACGUGGCGAACCUUGGGGAAACUGAGAUUGAAUCAUCAGCCGAUGCAUUGCAUCCACUGCGCAAAGUCGAAACUGUGACCGGUGACCAGCACAGGCUUCGGCCAAGCGAAUCAGCAAGGAAUGUCCAGCUGCAGAAUUAUUCUGCCAUACAGGAAGAGGGUGCCUUAGCGGCUCGUACGACCUAUGUUUCUGCCUCACAGGACCAAAACGCGCAGCCGCCUGAAGCAAACGCGCCAUGGAGCGUGAAGACCGUCGCUAUACCCAGUCAGACUUGCCCGACAUGCUGCCGCGGUUCUUUCCUAGAGAUGUGUCCCAGCCAAGUGCCGGGUGACCCGUGUGCCAGUCAGCUCACAUGCUCGGGCUAUCACAGGUGCUCCGGUGCUGCGAAUGGCUUCGUGCAAUGCCAGCCCAAGCCCGGUUCGGAAGUUAUUUGCCAGACCGGGCCAAACUGCUUGCCCGAGUGUAUCGGGAGCCACGUCGGCAAAGAGGGCGACGAUUGCGCCCUGCAGUCUUUGACUGAAUGCGAAGGUCAUUACGUCCGGCGAGGGUCGCGAGCCGUCCAGUGCAAAGUGAGCAGGGGUGGCAAUCCAAGUGGAGCUGAUAUAUGUGAGAACUCUUUCCUCUGUGGGACGUGA